ACAUCUCUAACUCCUCUCGAACAGCUGUUUAACCAAUUUUGUUAUGAAAUUUUUUUGAGUUUCACAUUGAAAAUGCUGCGUUUACUGACAAAAGCAAAAGUCCUGCGGCAACUGGUGCCAGCAACAGACGCUACUCCGGCGGUGUCCCGCUUCUAUGCUAAAAAUCAGGGAGCUGCUGGCAAAAAACCGCAGGAGGACACAGUCAGCAACGAGCCCAUACAGUUCUUCGGCAGCCAGGCGGCCACUUGGCGGGCGAAGGACACCAGGAGCGGCGGAAGCGAUGAGUCCCUUUGGUACCAGCCCUACGUGAUCUCCGCCAGCUUGGCCGUAUUCCUCCUGUACUUCUGCGCCCUGCGCGAAGAGAGCGACAUCGAUCUGCGGCUGGAGGGCAACCUGUACGACCAUGUCAGCGGUUUGGAGGAGGUCCAACUGACGGUCAACUACAAGUACAAUAAGGAGCACGGACUGGACACCAAGGAGCAGGAGCAGAGGCUCAGGGAGCUGGGUGUCGAUCUUGGCCAGUUGGAUGCCAAAUUGGCCGCCCAAUAGUCUUAGAAUUGGUUAAAUAUACGUUUUUUCUUUCGUUAAGUUAACAAGUUGGUUAAAAUUAAACUUUUUAGCAACUAAAA